GUACGAAUUCAGGUCUCCAGUUCGCGGACGACUACGUUCAACCGCGGCGGUUUUUUUCGAGAGUGUUUACAAUUCUGCUUUUCAAAAAAUUAGACAAGAAACUUGAUCACGAUGAGGUGGACAGCCUUUCUUCUGUCUGCCUUUCUCCUGAUUGCUGCAAGCAAUGCACAUCAACAGGAAAGGUACCGAUCAAAACGGAGCGUUGAUAUUUACGACAUUGAGGAACCAGUUGAUAAUCGUCUUCCCCGAGACACGAAGCCAAGCCACUACUACUUAGAAAUCCAACCAUUUCUGAAUGAGACGAAAUUCAAGGGUCGAGUAAGAAUUAAUGUCACGUGGGUCAGACUGACAGACAAGAUUGUUUUAAAUGUUGACCGUGAUCUAGAAAUCUUGCACACCAGUGUCAAGUUUACCAGUCUUGGAUACGAACCUUCAAAACCAGAGGAUCUUUCCAGAGUUUCUGUUAUCCAGAUGGGUAAAGGGCCCAAAAAGUCUUGGUAUACAAUCAACUUUAACGAUACCCUGAUGGACGGAGCAAAUUGCGAAGUUGACAUCACGUAUUAUGGAAACAUGUCCACACUCGAUGCUUCAGGUCUUUUCCGCAAUGAUUAUAUUGACAGCAGCGGAAUCAAACAAUACAAAUUGCAACUUUUCGGCACAAUCCAUUUUCUAUUUUUUAAGUUAUGUAAUUUUCAACCACUUACAUGUAUACACCUAAUAUAUUUUAAUAAAAAAUUCUUGUCUUUAGAUGAGUUAUUAUUCCGGAUGUUCAACUACACUCUGGGAAAAGAAAACUUCAGAGCUGGAAUCAGGGACUUCCUUCAAAAAGUACCCUCUCUGAAUCCACAUAUAGGGCCAAGAACUUACUUCUACUCGGACUUUUACAAGGCAAUGAAUGAUGUGGCGAAUAAAACUGGUUACCUUCCGACUGGAACAACCCUAAGUCAAGUCGCGGACCCUUGGAUGGAUCACGACAGAUUGCCACUUGUCACGGUCAAACGCGAUUACGACACCGGAACUAUCAACAUCACGCAAAAACGAUAUCACCGAGAGGGACCAUCAAAAUUCACGUCAUAUGAAAACGGAUUUACGUGGUACGUCCCCUUGGUAAUAAUUUCCCAAGAGCGACUAAAUUUGAAUAAUACCAGGCCUACUGUAUGGCUACUUUCGGAUGAAGCGAUCAAACGGAAUAAAAAGGGAGUAAACGUAACGAUGAACGAUUUCGUCAGCAAAAAUAGUUUCAUCAUCGCCAACCCAGAGGAAAUAGGACCUUUCCCUGUAAAUUACGAUACUAUAAAUUGGAGAAGAUUGGCCGAAUUUCUCCAAGGACCUGGACGUGAAUCAAUCCAACCCCUAACCAGAGCAAAACUGUUUCAUGAUUCCUGGAAUCUUGCUUAUGCAAAUGAGCUAUGUUUUGAUAUUGCAUUAAAUAUGACACUUUUUUUGAAAAAUGAGAGAAAUCAUGUUGUUUGGGAGCCUGUCUUUACCAUGAUUGACCACAUAGGAAGGAGGAUACAUGGCUCAGAAAUUUAUAUUAAAUUCCAAGCGUACAUUCGCAGCUUAUUGAAGCCUUUGUACAUGGAAUUAUCAGAAAAUGCACAACCUGACGAACCCUCAUGGAAAACGCACAUGAGAGGAUUAUCAAAAAUAUUUUUGUGUCGUGCUGGAUAUGAACCUUGUAUAAUGGAAGCACGAAAACAAUUCAAUAAAUGGCUAACGGAUGAAGAACCAGAUAAGGGAAACCCUGUUGCAAACGAGUUCCUCUGCCCCGUAUUUAAAUGGGGAACUGAAAAAGAGUGGGAAUUUGGUCUACAACGAGUAAUUAACUUCCCCCAGAACAAUGAACGAAAACAGAGUGAGAGGACUUAUCUAUUGAAAACUCUCGCUGGUUGUCCAACAGAUGACUAUAAGAUUAAAAGAUUGCUGAACGUAACAAUCAUCGAACAAAAUCCAAAAUUUUCAACUUCCGAUAUCCAUUUAAUCGCAAGUACAUUAACAGGAAGUGCAACCGGUUACACAACACUGUUCAACUUUUUAGCCGAACAUUGGGACGUUGUGAAGAAGAGAUUCGAGGACAAACCAAAUUUAUGGAGUCGAAUCAUCAAUACGGCCAUUUCUUCAUUUAACACACAAGAGGGCUAUGACAAAGUUUCAGAAUUGUACGCGAGUAGACAAGAGGAAUUUAAAAGCGUACAAACUAUUAUUGAAGAGGCUCUUGAAAAUAUUAAAAGAGAAACCCAAUGGAGUGAAAAGAACUUCCCAGUCAUCAAUGCUUGGCUUGACAAAAAAUUGACGAAAGAAGAUUUAUUGCAGUCCUCCCAGAAAAGUACAAAUAGUUCGAUACCUACAUCUCAAAUGAUGGGAUGAAAAUUUUAAUUACUUCAGAUAGUUAUCUUAUUUACAGAUUAAAGAGAUGCUACACCCAGACUUUUACUAUCUCAUCAUUAUUUAUGUGAGGCUAUUCAUUUUUUUCUUAUUAAAUUAAUUUUUUCAUUAUUUAUAAAAUAUUUUAAACAAAUUAGGUAUUGUACCCAAAUUUCAUCAAAAAAUCUCUGGUUCUGUAGAAAAUAUACCAAUUCCAAAGUCCGAAAGUAUUUGUGUUGACACAAAUUUCCAAUUUUUUAAAUAAAAUAUUGAAGGCACUUAAAAUUCUAGGUGUACUGUUGUUUUAAAACAUAUCACAAUAAGUUAUACAAUUGUGAUAACAAGAUAGUAUAUUACACAGUGAUAAUGAGAGGGGCACAAUUGUAACUUCCCCAGCAGCAUGCAAUGUUGCUGCAAAGUUACAAUAUUGCUGCAAAGUUGCUAUAUUUCUCCAAAUUUUCUAAGUUGCAAUUAUUUUGCAAAGUUGAAAUGUUUUCCUAUUUUUGCAACGUUGCAAUGUUGCCAUAUUUUUGCAAAGUUUCAAUAUUUUCUCUAAAUUUUGAUAUUGUAGCAAAGUUGCAAUAUUGAAAUAUUUCUGCAAAGUAGAAAUAUUUCUGUAAACUUGCAAUAAUUUUUCAAAGUUUCAAGGUAGUCAUAUUUCUAUAAUUUUGUAGUAUUGCUGAAAAUUUUUCAUAUUGCUCAAGUGGCGAUAUUGUGACAAAAUUGCAAUGUUGCAAUAUUUCUUUAAAGUGCAAUAUUUCUGUAAUUUUGCAAUAAUUCUAGAAAGUUGCAAGUUUGAAAUAAUUCUUCAAAGUUGCAAUUUUUUUUUUAAGUUGCGAUAUUGUGGAAAAGUUGCAAUAUUGUAAUAUUUAUUCAACGUGAAAAUAUUUCUGUAAAGUUACAAUAAUGUUACAAAGCUACAAAUAAACUGUAUUUCUGCAACCUUGCAUUAUUUCUACAAAGUUUUCAUAUUGUUUCGAAGUAGCAAUGUUGCAAUAUUUCAUGAAAAGUGCAAUAUAUCUGUAACGUUGCAAAUGUUUCUACAAAAUUGAAAAUUUUCUAUAAUUCGGCAAAGUUGCAAUAUUUUUUAAAUAGCGAUAUUGUGGCAAAGUUGCAAUAUUGCAAUAUUUCUUCAAAGUAGCUAUAUUUUUGUAAAGUUACAAUAAUUUUACAAAGCUACAAAUUAACUGCAUUUCUGCAACCUUCAAGUUUGCAAGUUUGCUAUAAUACAGCAAAGUUGCAAUUUUUUAAGUUGAGACAUUAGGGCAAAGUUGCAAUAUUAUAAUAUUUCUUCAAAGUAGCAAUAUUUCUGUAAAGUUGCAAUAAUUUUACGAAGCUUCAAGGAAUUAUAUUUUUACAGUCUUGCCGCAUUGCUACAAACCUGUGAUAUUGCUUCGAAGUAGCAAUGUUGCAAUAUUUCUUAAAAAGUGAAAUAUUUCUUGAAAAGUGCAAUAUUUCUGUAUAAUUGCAAAUAAUUCAACAAACUUGCAAGUUGACAAUAAUUUAUCAAAGUUGUAACAUUUUUUAAAAUGGCCAUAUUGCGACAAAGUUGCAAUACUGCAAUAUUUCUUCGAAGUAGCAAUAUUUCUGUAAAGUUACAAUAGUUUGACAAAGCUGCAAAUUAACUGUAUUUCUGCAACCUUGCAAUAUUCCUACAAAGUUUUUAUAUUGCUUUGAAGUAGCAAUGCUGCAAUAUUUCUGUAAUAUUGCAAAGAUUUUAACAAACUUGCAAGUUAGUAAUAAUUUUACAAAGCUCCAAGGUAGUUAUAUUUUCACAAUCUUGGAUUAUUGCUGCAAAUCUGUGGUAUUGCUGCAAAGUUGCAAUAUUUCUCAAAAAGUGCGAUCAUUCUACAAAAUUUACAAGUUUGAGACAAUUCUGCAAAGUUGCAAUAUUUUUUUAAAGAUGCGAUAUUGGGAAAAAGUUUCAAUUUUUUAAGUUACGAUUUUGUGGCAAAGUUGCAAAAUUUCUUCAAAGUUGUAAUAUUUUCGUAAAGUUGCAAGAGUUUUUCAAUGUUUCAAAGUAAUUAUAUUUCUACAAUCUUUCAGUACUACUACAAAAUUUUAAUAUUGCUUUGAAGUUGCAAUGUUACAACAUUUCUUGAAAAAUGCAAUAUUUCUGUAGUAUUGCAAAAUUUCAAAAAACUUGCCAAUUCGUAAUUAUUCUGCAAAGUUGUAAUAUACUUUUUUAAUGGGGAUAUUGUCGAAAAGUUGCAAUAUUGCAAUAUUUUCUUCAAUGUAGCAAUAUUUCUGUCAAGUAUCAAUAAUUUUACAAAGCUACAAAUCAACUGAAUUUUUGCAACAUUGCAGUAUUGCUGCAAAGUUAUAAUGGUUUUCUAAUCUUGCAAUAUGGCUUUCAAGUUGCUAGGUUGCAACAUUUGUUCAAAGUAGUAAUAUUUUUGCAAAGCUGGAAUAAAUCUGUAACCUUGCAAUAUAUCUGCAAAGUUGCGAUGUUUCUGCAAGGUUGUAAUAAUUCCUCAAUGCUAGAAGAUAUUUAUAUCUUUGCAACUUUACAAUAUUUCUUUAAAGUAGAAAUAUUCUUGAAUUGAGAUAUUGUGGCAAGGUUGCAAUAUUGCAUUAUUUCUUCGAAAUUGCAAUAUUUUAAGAAAGUGUGAAUAUGUAUACAAAGUUGCAAUAUUUUUACUAAGUUGGAAUAAGUAUACAAAGUUGCAACCUUUCUGCAACCUUCUAAUCUUUCUGGAAAACUGUCAAGUCAAAUGAACCUUGCAAUAUUUUGCAAAAGUGAAAUUUUUCUGCAAAAUCGCAACUUUGCUGCAAAGUUGCAUUAUUUUUUUUAAUUGCGCUAUUGAAAUGUUGAAAUGUUACUGUAAAAUUGCAAUAUUUCUGCAAGGUUGUAAUAAUUCUUCAAUUUUUUAAGGUUUCUUAACCUCGCAAUACUUCUGCAGAUUUGCAAUGUUGCCAUAUUUCUCAAAAGUUGCAAAGUAGUUAAAUAUCUUCAGCUGUGCAAUGUUGCUGCAAAGUUGCAAUAUUUCUGCAUGUUUAUGCAAAUUUGCCAUAUUACUUCAAGUUUGUAAUAUUUCUUUAAUGUUGGAAGGCAACAUUGAAAUAUUUCUGCAAAGUAGCAAUAUUCUUGCAAAGUGGCAAUAUUGCGGCAAAGUUGUAAUUUUUCUGAAAAAUUAUGAUGUUGCUUCAAAGUUCCAAUAUUAAAAUUUUGCUGCAAAUUUGCAAUAUUUCUAAAAGGUUGCAAUAAGUCUUCAAUUUUUGAAGGUUUUUAUGCAACUUUGCAAUAAUUCUACAAAGUUGAAAUAUUUCUGCAAGUUUGUAAUAAUUCUUCAAUGUUGGAAGGUAUCUCCAUUUAUUUAGCUUUGAAAUAUUUCUACAAUACUGUAAUAAUUCUUCAAUUUUGUCAAGUAUCUAUAUUUCUUAACUUCGCAAUAUUUCCGAAAAGUUACGAUGCUCUCAUAUUCCUUCAAAGUUGCAAACUAGUGGAUUUUCUUCAGCUUUGCAAUAUUGCUUUAAAUUGCAAUAAUUCUUUACUUUUUGAAGAUAUCUAUAUUUAUGCAACUUUGCAAUAUUUCUGCAAGUUUGUAAUAAUUCUUCAAAGUUUCAAUUUUG